GUGCCCGGGGCGCGGGCGCGCAGCGCUGCCGCCCCGCUGACGGAGCGACUCGGCGCGGGGACGGCGCUGGCGUUUUGGAGGGAGUUUGCAUGUGGUCAGUGCUGUGCUGCUGAGCCAGCCCCCAGCUCACAUUACACACUACUGUAUUUAUAACCUCUCGAAGCUGUUUCCCCCUUCAAGCAGUUCUCUGGGACCACCUUCUAUUGGCUUCAACCUCUCCUGCUUCUUGACAUCUGAGCAGCUCUGAGAACGGCUCAUCUAGGUCCGAGUGUUUAUGCAGCGGAGACUGGCCACUAGGGCUAAAGACCUGGAUUAUCUGAGCUCAGCUGCCUGCUGCAGAGUCUGUCGGUGCCGUUUUGGAAAAAAAAUCCCAGCCCCGAUCUGUUUACAGUGAAAGUUGACAAAGGGUGGUGAAGUUGGAUCUUUCCUAAACUCUCCUGCCUGGAACCUGAGACUUGCAUGCCAUGGAUCACACACUUUUUGGCUGCCUGCGCAGCCCCCAUGCCACUGCGCAGAGCUUGCACCCUUUCUCCCAGUCUUCUCUUGCCCUGCAUGGAAGAUCUGACCACAUGUCCUACCCUGAUCUGUCUUCUUCUUCUUCCUCUUGCAUAAUAGCGGGAUACCCCAAUGAGGAGGGCAUGUUUGCCAGCCAGCAUCAUAGGGGGCACCACCACCACCACCAUCACCACCACCAUCACCACCAGCAACAGCAGCACCAGGCUUUGCAGACGAACUGGCACAUUCCUCAGAUGUCGUCUCCUCCUGCCGCGGCCAGGCACAGCCUCUGCCUUCAGCCCGACUCAGGAGGACCCCCGGAGCUGGGCAGCAGCCCCCCUGUCCUGUGUUCGAACUCUUCCAGCCUGGGCACCAACACCCCCACGGGGGCAGCGUGUGCGCCAGGGGACUAUGGCAGGCAAGCUCUGUCCCCGGUGGAAACAGAGAAGAGGUCUGGCAAAAGGAAAAGCGACAGCUCAGAUUCCCAAGAAGGAAACUACAAGACAGAGGUCAACAGUAAACCCAGGAAGGAAAGGACAGCUUUCACCAAGGAGCAAAUCAGAGAGCUAGAAGCAGAAUUUGCUCAUCAUAACUAUUUGACCAGGCUGAGACGAUAUGAGAUAGCAGUAAACCUUGACCUCACUGAAAGACAGGUAAAAGUUUGGUUCCAGAACAGACGGAUGAAGUGGAAGCGGGUAAAAGGGGGUCAGCAAGGAGCAGCGGCCCGGGAGAAGGAACUGGUGAAUGUGAAAAAGGGCACGCUGCUCCCCUCCGAGCUCUCUGGCAUCGGCGCAGCUGGUCUCCAGCACACAGGGGACUCACUAGCGAACGACGACAGCCACGACAGCGACCACAGCUCUGAGCACGCACACUUAUGAUACACAGAGAGUGCCCCAGCUCCGUUCUCAGGAAAGAUGCUUUGCUGGCAAGCCUUACACAGGCAUCGUUUACUUAUGCAAGUGACUCUGGCAAUGAUUUUUAAAGUUGUUAUGGAAAAUUCAGGCUUAUUAUGUCUGCUUUUCUCGAUUUUUAGAUGGUUUACAGUAAGUGCCAUGUCUUAAAGGUGCCUCAAGAGUGGAGAAGUGGAAGACAAACUUUGAACAUUCCAGAUUUGUUUGUCGUGUUUAUGACAGCGGGCAGGUAUUUUUGCUUUAGCUUGCACUGAAAAUUACAUUGCUCUCGACAGAUGUUAUAUUCUGAAAACCACAGUGCCACAAAAUCACUAUCUAGUGGAUAAGAAAUGUAUUUUAACUCUGUAUAUAUUUACCUUACAGCAUUUUCCUGUCUUCACUAAUUUUUAGCAAUGCAUUCAUAUUAGCUGAUGGCAAUAGUCACUCAUGACAAUAAAUGGCUUUUUGUCUCUUUAUCUUUGUUUUGUUUUUCCAAAGACAUACAAUACAUGCAGAUACUUUUGUUCAAGUAAAGAACAACACAAUAGUGUCUGCUAGGACACAUCCUUGUAUGACAGACAAAACAAACCUUAUGUUGCAUUUACUAUCAACUGCUGCUAAUAGGGUAUUAUUAAACUUACCUAGCUCUUCAAUUCUUCCUAUCUUAUAACUGCAAAAAGUGAUUUUUAGGAUCAUAAGGAUAGUCCAGUAACCUGCCAAAAAUGUCAUGUUCCACUCAUGCUCAGUGGAAACUUUCCAAAGGAUUAUUAAUUUCUACUUUUUCAUGAUUGAGUACAUUGAUAAAUACUGACAUUUUGUAGAAAUUUUGUUGCUUCAUAUUCAGUUUAAAAAACAGCAGAUAAACUGAAAGUUAUUAUCAACUGCUUAUGUUGGUAGAAAUCAAAAUAUGAAGGUAACUAUAUUGUGUCCCUUGUGUAAAAUCAAGACACAUUUUCUGUUAUAAGCUUUUAUGUACAUACAGGCAAAUACCAAACCCCAAAAUUUAAUGCAAAACAUUGAUUGUACUUUGUAAAGAAAUAUGUUUAAUAAAUAAUCAUUUUUAAAUAA